AUGCAUUUCACUUCAACUGUUACUUUUUGCUGUUUAUUACUGCUCUGUGCUAUUCUUUCUUCUUCCGUUAGUUUAGUUUACUCUCAAGAUUGUUCUAUUGAAAAGGAUGGAAUGAUUGUUGACUUGUCCCAAUCCGAUAACGGUCAAUCGGGAUGGCAAGUACCAGACUACAUUCCAGGAUCAUAUUAUAUGGUAAAUCUAUGCAAACCAGUCAUUCCAACCAAUGCUACAUGUGCCACCAAUCAUGGAUCCUAUCAAAUUGUUUACAUUGAUAAUUAUUUUCACAGAUGUUUAAAUAUUGGUAAACCAGGACCUAAAAUUUCACUUUUUGAUCCAUCAAAUAUUGCCCAUGGAAUUGUUGUGGAAUUUGACAUGAUUCUCAGUUCAAAUAAUGAAUUAUCAGGAGCUAAAUUUGAACUAGUUUGUGAUGAGAAGGUUGACUUUAAUGGACAUUACAUUGGAAAGAGUAAAAAACUCUUGAAAAAGGAGUACACCUAUGAAUUCAAGAUUAUUACCAAGUAUGCCUGUCCAAGAAGAAAACAAGCAUCCAAAAAUCCAAUUCUCAUCAGAGGUGCUUUUAAUUAG